AUGUCUGCCCCUCUUCGCAGGGCCCAACAGGGCAACACUGAAUCCGGAAACGGCACCCCGCCGGUCCAGAGGCGCCCCAGAGCAAGCGCCGCAGGCAACAACAGCAACAACAACAGCACCAGCGCGUCGACCACGUCUACCACUACCAGUAACUCGGCGCGCCGGACCACGGCGACCGCUUCUACGGCCGCUUCUUCGUCCAGCAUCCCAUCGCGGCCCAAGCCCUCAUCGUCUGCCCAGGCUGCCCCUGCGCCUCCUAACAACGGUAUUCCCUUCAGGAACACGGGCAACCAGAAGGAGUACUUCCAGAUCUACCAGAACCUGCAGAAUCUGGUCAAAGCGCGUUCGGACGCUGACAAGCCCCGGAUCUUUGUGUUCACCGACGUCGAGCAGGACUAUGACGAUCUCCUGGCCAUCAUCUUCCUGGCUGAGAUGCACCGCAUGGGGGCCAUCGAGCUGGUCGGGUUCGUUGCGAACCACCAGCCUGCGGAGAAGCGUGUCAACUUCCUGAGGACCGUCCUCCAGCUGCUCAACCUGGGCCACAUCCCCGUCGGCCAAGGCACUCCGGGCGUCGAGGACCUGUCGAAGCACACCUUCGACUUCUACUACGGCCUCAAGAACGCGACCUUCGCCGGCGGCCCGUGGAACCGGAACCGCGCGCCCCCCGCCAGCACCCUGAUCCCCCAGGUCCUCGCGGCCAACCGCGGAAAGGAGGUCACGGCCCUCAUGCUCUCGUCGCUGCAGGACAUUGGCGAGUUCUUCUACCAGCAGAAGAAGAAGGCCGACUUCCACGACGGCAACUUUGCCAAGUGCGUCUCGCAGGGCGGCUACGAGGUCUCCGUCGAGACCGUGCCCCCCGCGACGACAUCGGCCAGCCGCGGCGGCAGGGCCACCACCGCCAACAACCGACCCAAGACGGUCGUCAAGAUUGCCCCGACCCCCAAGGUCACCAACAACGAGUUCCACAUGACGCAGGCGCGGAACUACCAUGACUGCCUGGCCACGUACAGGAUGCCCUCGGAUGGGUACUCCAAGAACCUCGCCAUGGCCUCCCGCCUCUCGGGCACCUUCAUGACCUCGCUCUUCGACAUCGGCCCCAUCGGUGCCCACCUCGAGUGGCUCUGGAUGCGCCUCGAGUUCAAGUUCUACUGGGACCCCUUCAACUGGCCCUUCCUGCCCCAUCUCAACGUCGACUGGUACCUCAACACCCGCCUCGGCCUCGCGCCCAACUCCCCCGAGGCCGCCGAGAUCCGCCGCGCCGGCGGUCUCCCCUUCCACGCCGCCGCCCCCAAGAUCAAGGUGCUCGCUUACGACCUGUGCGCUGCCAUGGGCGCCACGGGCGACGACUUCAUGCGCUCCCUGGGCAUCAUGGCCCCCGAGAACCAAAUGCCCCCUUACAACCGUGCCGCCCACCGCCACCGCAUCUUCGGCGCGGCCCCCGGCGACCUCGGCGGCAUCGACCCCUCGCGCCUGAGCACUGUCAUGGAGGCCUUCGUGCUCGGCGGCCUGCUCGCCAGCCAGCGCCACGCCAACCAGCUCAUCCCGCGUGACUCCGUCCAGCACACCCCCGUCAAGUCCAAGAUCAAGCUGCCCAUCUUCCACGACAAGAUUGCCAUGCGCAACCACGCCACGCGCCAGGCCGAGCUGGCCAAGGCUGCCGCCGAGGCCGACGCCGCCGGCAAGAAGCAGACUGCCCGGCGACUGCAGCAGGAUGCGGAUAGUGAGGGGGCUGAGGCCCGAAAGUUGGAGGAGAAGAUUAAGAAGGCGGAGAAGGUCACCAAGGUUACUAUGCCGAACCGGGGGGAGAUUCCGUAUGAGGAGCUCUACCAAGAGGCUAUGAGGGGCAUUCGGGGUUAA